AUGAGUUACGGGAAGAAAGACGAGGAUGCCGACGGUGGUCUGGUCAAGAUUGACCGCACCCAGGUUUUCCAAGAAGCCCGAUUGUUCAACACGUCCCCGAUCCAGCCGCGCCGAUGCCGAGUCCUCCUCACCAAGAUCGCCCUUCUCCUCUACACCGGCGAGAAGUUCCCGAGCACAGAAGCCACCACACUCUUCUUUGGUAUCUCGAAGCUCUUCCAAAAUAAAGAUGCCAGCCUUCGCCAGAUGGUCCACCUUGUCAUCAAGGAGCUGGCCAGCUCCGCCGAGGAUAUCAUUAUGGUCACCAGCACCAUCAUGAAGGAUACGGGUGGCAGUACCGACUCGAUCUACCGGCCGAACGCGAUUCGGGCUCUGUGUCGCAUUAUUGAUGCUACUACAGUCCAGUCCAUUGAGCGUGUCAUGAAGACUGCGAUCGUCGACAAGAACCCCUCCGUCUCGUCAUCCGCCCUCGUGUCGUCCUACCACCUCCUCCCAAUCGCCCGCGAUGUCGUCAAGCGGUGGCAGAGCGAGACCCAAGAGGCAGCAGCCAGCACCAAGUCGUCUGGGGGCUUCUCCUUGGGGUUCUCUUCGUCCUCCGGAAAUCUCCCUGUCAACAACUCGACCAUGACCCAGUACCACGCGAUCGGCUUGCUGUACCAGAUGAGGAUGCACGACAGGAUGGCGUUGGUCAAGAUGGUUCAGCAAUUUGGGGCGGCUGGUGCGAUGAAGAACCCGGCGGCCAUCGUCAUGCUCGUCCGGUUGGCCUCUCAGCUUGCGGAGGAGGACCCCCAGCUCCGGAAACCCAUGAUGCAGCUCCUGGACGGCUGGCUCAGGCACAAGAGCGAGAUGGUCAACUUUGAGGCGGCCAAGGCGAUCAGCGACAUGCGGGACGUUACGGAUGCCGAAGUAACCCAGGCGGUUCAUGUUCUCCAGCUCUUCCUCAGCUCGCCCCGCGCCGUCACCAAAUUCGCCGCUCUCCGCAUCCUGCACAACAUCGCGUCGUUCAAGCCACAAGUCGUUAACGUGUGCAACCCGGAUAUUGAACUUCUCAUCUCGAACAGCAACCGCUCUAUCGCCACGUUCGCGAUCACGACUCUCCUCAAGACCGGCAACGAAGCCAGCGUGGACCGCCUAAUGAAACAGAUCUCGGGCUUCAUGUCUGAGAUCACGGACGAGUUCAAGAUCACCAUCGUGGAGGCCAUCCGGACGCUCUGCUUGAAGUUCCCGAGCAAGCAGGCAGGUAUGCUCCAGUUCCUCAGCGGUAUCCUGCGCGACGAAGGCGGCUACGAGUUCAAGCGCGCCGUUGUGGAGAGCAUGUUCGAUCUGAUCAAGUUCGUGCCGGACUCGAAGGAAGAGGCGCUUGCCCACCUUUGCGAGUUCAUCGAGGACUGCGAGUUCACUAAACUGGCUGUCCGCAUUCUCCAUCUCCUUGGUCUGGAGGGCCCCAAGACGUCCCAGCCCACCAAGUACAUCCGCUAUAUCUACAACCGCGUUGUGCUGGAGAACGCCAUCGUGCGCGCGGCUGCGGUCACUGCGUUGGCUAAAUUUGGUGUUGGUCAGAAGGACCCUGAAGUCAAGCGCAGCGUGGAUGUUCUCCUCACCCGGUGCCUGGAUGAUGUGGAUGACGAAGUCCGGGAUCGUGCGGCUCUCAAUCUCAGGCUCAUGCAUGAGGAAGAUGAGUUGGCCACAAGAUUCGUCAAGAAUGACAACAUGUUUGCUCUUCCGUUCUUCGAGCACCAGCUCGUCAUGUAUGUCACCUCGGACGACAAGUCGGCAUUUGACGAGCCGUUCGAUAUCUCCAAGAUCCCGGUCGUUACCCGCGAGCAAGCCGAUGCCGAGGACAGGACCAAGAAACUCACCGCCACCACCCCGUCGCUCAAACCGCCCAAGAUUGGCCCAACCAAGGCGGCUCCCACAGCCGCCGAGGCUGCCGCUUCGGCGUCGGCUGCGGCCCAGAAGUACGCGGAGGAGCUUCUACAGAUUCCCGAGAUGAAGGAGUUCGGCAGCGUGCUGAAAUCCUCUCCUCUCGUGGAACUGACCGAGGCGGAGACCGAGUAUGUGGUUGGUGUUAUCAAGCACAUCUUCAAGGAACAUAUCGUUCUGCAGUACGAGGUGAAGAACACGCUUCCGGCGACCGUAUUAGAGAACGUGUCCGUGAUGGCAACCCCGUCGGAAGAGGACGAGCUCGAGGAGGUGUUCAUUGUCCAGGCCGAGAAGCUCGAGACCGACGUACCCGGAAAGGUCUACGUUGCGUUCCAGAAGCUCCAGGGCGAAGGCUCGCUGCCCGUCAGCACCUUUUCCAACAUCCUCAAGUUCACCAGCAAAGAGAUCGACCCUACGACCAACGAGCCGGAGGAGAGCGGCUACGAGGACGAAUACGAGGUGUCCGAGUUUGACUUGUCUGGCAGCGAUUACGUCGUCCCAACAUUUGCGGGCAACUUUGCGCAUAUUUGGGAGCAAGUUGGUGCCCAAGGAGAGGAGGCCGAUGAGACAUUACAGCUCAGCGGCAUGAAGAGCAUAGCAGAGGCGACCGAACAACUGGCCAAGGCGCUUUCACUCCAGCCACUAGAAGGAACAGACGUCCCCGUCAACCAAACAACGCACACGCUCAAGCUCCUCGGCAAGACCGUCAACGGCGGGCGGGUCGCUGCCAAUGUGCGGUUGGCCUUCUCCACCAAGACGGGCGUCACGACCAAGAUCACGGUGAGGAGCGAGGAGGAAGGGGUGGCUGCGCUGGUGGUGGCGUCUGUGGCUUAA